AUGGAAUCACUCGUUUAUGAGAACUCGCCCUUGGCCGACUACCUCGAAGGCGAAGGUGGACACGAGGAGAGUUGGCCGGUGGAGGAGAACCAGAGCGAUGAUGAUCGUACCACUGCUUUGAACUUUGCCCCUCGAGGGGCUUCCAAAUUCCAGACCCGCGUUCGCAACAAGCUUCCGAAGCCCCUCGAUCUCAGAUGUACACCGCAGAGCGAAUUUGCCGGUAAACUGUAUGAUGCUUGCUCGUCUGCCUUGAACGUCCGACUACCGCGCAGCGACAACGAACGAUUUUUGGAACAAUUUGGUUACGUGAUUGUCGCAUCGCAGCUACUGAACGAGCACAGCGCCCCCUCCUACACCUCCGCCUCCGAUGUCCUCUCAGCAACACAACCCACGGCCCUCCCUUCAUUAUCUACAACAUUCGGUAUACAAGGUGCCAUUGUCACGGCCUGCACGUCUUUCUCUAUUGCUUGGUUAUUACAUUGGAGUCGUUCGAGGACAGGGUCGGGACUAAAUCCUAAAAAGGUUGGAGUGCUCCUGAUCCUUGUUCCGGUUCUUGGUGUCUUGUUCUACGCCUUUGCGAAACGGCAAUGGUUGAAAUACCUCCGUCACCAAGCUGUAGACGCAGCUGGCACAUUUAUUGGAAAUGCGCAGGGCUUUGAUUCAGCGGCCUCGGCCUCUGUUGUUUUCAUACAGGAGGUUGAACUUGUUUCCCGGGGCUAUCGGAUAAGCACACCCCUGCCCCCUAUCAGUCGACUCGAGGAUCAAGUACAAACGCGCCGAUGCUUGAGACUGCGCAGAACGGUUUCAGAGUGCUUUUACUCAAUGCUCGAGCGAUACGUUCGAUCUGAGAACACUCUUCGUCCGCUUACUGACGAGGCCGACCUCGCCAAAUAUUACGACAUUUAUGACAUUGGACUGGAGGAACUUGGGGCAAUUGAAUCGUCCCUAUCGCAUCGAACAAAUGAUGACCAAUACUCGCUGCGCGCCCUCAGGGAUCUAUUUGGGAAACUCUACAGUGUGCGGAAGAGCGUUUUAUGUUGUUUGUUGGCUCUUAGUGCCGAUGGUGGAGGCUCCGACAUAGCGAGAUGGAGUUCAGCUGUUGAAGAGAUGCGUGAGCUCGCGGCAGUGACUGGAGACAGCAUGUUAAAGAUGACUGCUAUCCUGAAUGAGGAAGAUCGUGACAAUAUUCCUCCAUCGCCAUUGCCAUCCGCCUCCGCGUCGCCAAGUAAGGAUCAUCUACGGGCCCAAAUUCGACGAUUCAGUUCCUUGUCUCAAGGGGUCCGUGCCUUGCAUGCCAAAAUGCACAUUGUCAGCGAGGAGUCACACGCCAGCCUUGAGCGGCCAGACUCUGCUGACUAUGAAGCUGCUCUCCUUGCACAAUACGACUCGGUUGGCAGCGACCUGAGAGCCCUUCUUCAGGAGUGGGAAUCCGGCAAGGCUGCACUGGUCAAUCAAGACCGACUUAGUACUCUGGGCCGCUCGCGGCCACCAAGUACGUUGUUGAUGCCCAUGUCUCCCACUCCUAGCCUGGGAGGUUCCACGGCAGUCGAGGGCAGCCCAACCGAUGCCCUCAAAGCGUUGAAUGGCGAGGGCCGGCCGGACCUGACCCAAACCUAUGAUGACGAGGAGAUUUUUGAAGCCGUUGUCCUUCCUGCAUCAAGAAACAAGCGUGUGUCCUUGACCCGAGAUGAGCGUCUUGCACGUGUACGAGAAGACCGUGCCAGACAGGCGACUGCUCGGGAAAAGGUCGAUGCAAAUACUAAUAUGCUUAAGGAGCUGGAAAUGGUGAUCAAGCAACGACCAGGGAACAACUCUUCCAAAAGGAAAUACCCUCACAUUUUCCUUUUACGACCCUUAAAACACACAAAUACCGACAAGAUGUUGGAAGCUCGUUUGGAACAGGCCAGCCUUCUGAAGCGCGUCGUCGACGCCAUCAAGGACCUCGUCCAGGACUGCAACUUCGACUGCAAUGACUCCGGCAUCGCUCUCCAGGCCAUGGACAACUCCCACGUUGCCCUGGUCUCCAUGCUUCUCCGCGCUGAGGGCUUCUCCCCCUACCGUUGCGACCGUAACAUCGCCCUCGGCAUCAACCUGCUCUCCCUGACCAAGGUCCUCCGCGCCGCCCAGAACGAAGACAUCCUCACCCUCAAGGCCGAGGACUCGCCCGAUGCCGUUAACCUGAUGUUCGAGAGCGCCGAGACCGACCGCCUCAGCGAGUACGAUAUCAAGCUUAUGGACAUUGACCAGGAGCACCUGGCCAUCCCCGAGACCGAGUACGCUGCUACUGUCGAGAUGCCCUCUGCCGAGUUCCAGCGCAUUUGCAGAGAUCUCAACGCGCUCUCUGAGUCAGUCGUGAUUGAGGCCAGCAAGGAGGGUGUCAAGUUCUCCUGCCAGGGUGACAUCGGUAACGGCUCCGUCACCAUCCGCCAGCACACCAAUGUGGACAAGCCCGAGCAGAAUGUCGCCAUUUCCCUCUCCGAACCCGUCGCCCUGACCUUCUCCCUCAAGUACCUCGUCAACUUCUGCAAGGCCUCCAACCUGUCCUCGUCUGUGGUGCUGCACCUGUCCCAGGAGGUGCCGCUCCUUGUCGAGUACGGUCUCGGCAGUGGCCACCUGCGGUUCUACCUGGCUCCCAAGAUCGGUGACGAAGAGUAA